GUUUUCACACAUUGAGUCAACAUUUGGCGUUUAUAAUUAUACCUAAUAAGGUCUUUAGAAUGCAAACGAGCCUUCGUAAACGUACGGCGAAAACGAAAUGCGCGCCAAAAAAGAUAAUUGCAAGUCAUGCGCUUUCAGCUACUCAAUGAGCUGCUCUGGUCCGGCAAGAAAAACUCAGCUCACGUCGGUGCUGCGGGGUUAAUUUUGCUCGCACUACAUAGGAACGCCCAGGAUCAUAAAAUAAAAAAAAAACAACGGUCUGCGCUGCCGAGCGCCGUACGGAACGGCUAGGGAAUAAUUCGCGCGUCUAGGUACUACGCACAUGGUUGCUACCUGCGAACAGUACGAGCAAAGAAAGCUGCUCAGCCUGCGGGCGCGUUCAUAGGCGCGUCAGGCGCGUUCUCCACUCGCGCAGGCGCAUUCACUGCGGCCGCCGUCCUUAGUGGAAGCUAUGGAAGGUCGGGAUUGCGACGAGGUCUGACGAGGGUGCUGCUGCUGCGCCACCGCGCAAGCGUUGCGAGAAUUCUUCCACCUCUGCGCGCGUAUUUACGUCGUUGACUGGGCGCUUCUGCAAUCGACACACCUCGGCAAACCGAUUAAAGUGUUGAACUUGUACCCAAAUGCACAAAAGAAAUAGGAAAGUCGUUCCCUCUUCUGUGAUUUUGGCAGGACGCUAUUGACCCGUGCGAGUUGCUGCACUUUCUUCGCACGUCUAUUUUGGAUCGUGAAACAGCUGUGCGCUGCCGCCCUAGCGGUGUUGUCCCAGUACCGCAGCACAGGAAGGAGUCAGCGUCCGUGGCUAGCGUCCUCGCCGUGUUAUUUGUUGCUAGGUUGCUGGUGCGUUCACGUACGGAGAAGUUGUGGGGAAGUCUCCGCAGAUGGGGCUUCCGACGCGCGCCGCGCCACAUCGGUGACCGCGGCAGCGGUACCGGCCCUUUCAUCCGCGGUGUGCGCAAUGCCUGUCCGUGUGUUGUGAGAAGGGUUAACGGCGGAUAGCCUUUCCGCCGAGCUCCUUGAUGCUAGACUCGACAGUGCUGCGCAAUCGCUUCUACAAGAAGCUUAACAUCCCCGGCAUGGAGGGACGCGGCCCGCCGGCUGUGGCGGCCCAGGAGAAUGCCAGCGAGCGGCCCACCACCUUCGUUGGACCCCUGGCCCGCAACUUCUGCGUCAAGUACCUUGGCUCCAUGUGCUUUGAUCGGCGUUACACUAUGUCGAUGUUGCCUUGGCUCAUGGCAGAUCUACGGCGCGAAGGUCUGCGCAAACCCUUGGACGUGCUUCUUGAAGUACGCGACUCGUCUCUCAAGGCGCGGUCCUACCAUGACGAGCUACUCGUGUUCGACCAUCCGCUUCAGUCUAUAUCCAAGUUCGCCCAUUCGACCGCUGAUCGCACCUGCUUCGCCUACCUGCACAGAAAUGCUCCCGACGAGCUGCCCUACUUGCACGUCUUCCAGGCUAGCGACAAGGACACGGUGGUCGAGGUGUUCAUGACGGUUCGAGAGGUGAGCAAGGAACUGUCGCUGCACCACAGUGCUGGUGCCCCACUUGCAAGAGCGGGCAGCUGCACUGACCUAGGAGGUGCCAGUGGAGUGCACCAGUUUGAGGUGCUGUUCGUGUUCAAGAUCAAGGGCUCAUCCAACGAGAGCAUGCUAGAUGAUGCUCUUGAUAGAGCACGGGCACGCCAAGCUGUAGAGGCCAACCCUCAACCGGCCACCAGCGAAGGUACCAUGAUUGUGUCAAGCGCCGCAAGUGCAGAGAGUGCGAGCAACUCACUGGAGAACAUCAGCGAAGGCAACACAGUGGAUGCUCGGGAAGCACUGCUUGAGGACCUACGCUGCUGUGGUGGCGGCAACAGUGGCAGCUCCGGAGAAGGAGCAUCACUGCUGGCACCACCGCCGCACACGCUAAUCACGCACACACACAGCCUGGAUGUCCAGUCUCGCCAGGCACUCUGCCAAGAGCUGCAGAAUGCUGCAGGAUGUGGGACCCGAGGCUCAUCAGCCCGAGUUCGCUCGGUAAGUGGCGACCAGCCACGACCUCAGAAGCAGACGUCGUUGCCAGCAUUUCGUCCGCGUGUGAGCAGUGGGGGUGCCGUGGAUCUCCGUCGGCUUCUACAGUCUGAGCGGCACAGCAAUCGCACCAUGUUGCUGCUGGUGCUGCAGAGGGAGCUGCGAUUGCUCAGCACCGAUCGCAAGCAGACCCUAUUGAGUCGACCUUUCACCGACAUCUUGCGCUGCUACCAGGGCAACAAAUACACUGACCACUUCGGCUUCAACUUACGUGAUUCCUCGCUGUCUUCGGCUGACAAGUAUAUGGCUUACAUCUUCAAGUGCUCCUCUGUCCAAGUGGCGAACGAGAUAAUGCAGACGCUGAAGCAAGCCUUUCGUAGUGCACACCAGAACCCUGCACAAAAGGAAGGUGGCUCCGCAGUGCAGUCAUCGUGCGAUUCCUGUCCCAUGCAUCGAUUCCACAAACUUUGCAUCGAUCUGGAAGGGUUAUCCCCAGAAAGCUGCUGCACCUUCAUCCAGAAGUAUAUCCAAGGCUUGUCUGACUCGGAUAAACAGAUAAUUGCCGGCAGAUACCAGCUGGGUGACUGCAGGACGGUGCAGGACAAGAAUGAGCUUUACAUGAUGCUGCUGCGGAACCUGUAUGAGCAGAAGCAGGCCAAGCAUUGCCAUUCACAGAAAUCUGAGGGACUCCUAGACCUGAUACCAUCAUUUGUGUUUGAUAAUUUCAAGGAAAAGGCGAAGAAGUCCAUCGCAAACAAAUUUGACACCAUUUUGAAGAGAAAAGGCAGAGAAGGGCGUGGAAGAUCAGCCACGCUUCCGUCUGAGGAAGCAUUUAAACUUACUCUGAGUGAUGCGUCACCUACGGGUUCCCGAGAAGGCAGCUGCGACCCCACCACUCCAGUACGGAGCUCGUCGCCACAGCUGCUGCGGCCACGCAGCUCUACUGUCAGCACUCCAGAGACGCCCAAGCGCAGUCCACUGGUGAACAUAUUCAUGAAGGUGGGAGCUGUGCAGCGCCAUUCUUCAAGUGAUGAGGAGCCAACCGAGGCAGCCACCGAGGAAACCGCAUGCAGGCAGUCUAUCUUCCAGCGUGUCAAUACGCCCGUACGAGGCGGCAACCACAGCGGAGAUAAUCCAGGGGAGCCGCCAUUGACCCAUGGUUUUGCUGUGCGCCGAACACGGGAGGAGCUUCGCUCUCUGUGGCGCAAGGCCAUUCAAGAGCAGGUGCUGCUUAUCCGCAUGGAGAAGCAGAAUAGGCAGCUGCAAGCGAGCCAGGAUGAAGCAAGCAGCAAGCGCUUACGACUCGACUAUGAGGAGGUAGGAGGUGGCCCCUGUGAUUCUGAGUCAGCUGAACGCUGGGAUGAGCUCCUGGCACGGCCCCCAGGGGGCCGCAUUAACCCAGACACCUUGCAAGAACUGGUCCAAGCAGGUGUACCGAGGCAUCGACGUGGUGAGAUCUGGAUCCUUUUGGCUGAACAGUACCAGCUGCGAUCGUCGCCUGUUACUGAGAUCGAUUCCUCAAUGACUUACGAGCAGCUACUGACAGAGCUGACAAAUCACCAGCAUGCCAUCCUCAUUGACCUUGGGCGGACAUUCCCCAGCCACCCAUUCUACCGUGACAGCCUGGGAGCCGGCCAGCUAUCACUGUAUAACCUGCUCAAAGCAUACUCACUGCUUGACUCACAAGUGGGCUACUGCCAAGGACUCAGCUUUGUUUCGGGUGUGCUUCUGCUCCAUAUGACUGAGGAGCAAGCCUUUGGUAUGAUGAAGCAUCUUCUGUUCCACUUGGGGCUGCGACGACAAUACAAGCAAGAUAUGGGCGCAUUACAGGUGCAGCUCUACCAGUUGUGCCGACUGCUGUACAGUCGUCAUCGAGAGCUGUACCAGCACCUGGACCACUUUGACAUUGCUCCGGCUCUCUAUGCUGCGCCCUGGUUCCUCACGUUGUUUGCCUCUCAGUUUCCUCUGGGAUUCGUCUCCAGGCUCUUCGAUGCUGUGUUUCUGCAGGGUAUGGAGGCCGUGUUCAAGGCAGCCUUGUCUCUUCUGUCACACUUUGCGGAUACACUAAUGAGCUGCAAUAGCUUUGAGUCCAUCAUGGAGUGCUUCAAGAACACCCUGCCUGCACUGGAUGCACCCACCAUGGAGAGCAUAGUGUCGGGCAUCUUCUCCUUGGACCUGGGCGAGGAGCUAGUGUCCUACCAGGUUGAGUACCACCUCUUGCAAGAGGAGAUGGUCUACACACCCAAGAGGCCUGGCGUGUCAUCAGCUGACCUCGAAGAGAACCGUGCUCUGCGACGCCAGAAUAUGGAGCUUCUGGAACAGCUUCAGGUGGCAAACAACAAUGUGAGCCGCCUCGAGGCCUCAGUGAGCUCUUUUAAAGGCACGGUGCAACGCUUGGAGAAGCGCAUCCGCGAGCUGGAAGACGAGCGGGAUGUACUGCACCACAGCAAUGCAGCGCUGCGCCACCGGCUAGAUCGACUAGAGGCUGCAGACGAACGCAAUGCGCGGUCGCUCAGCUUCGGAGCUUCAGGGGAAGCGCACGAUGACAUCGCGCAGCUUGUGCGCCGGCUUGGUGACCAGGGCCCAUUGCCAGAAGACGAAGAGUGGUGCCCGCCUCGUGCCGACGGCUGUGACGGCCUCUGAGUGGCAGCGACUAUGCUGAGACCACCAGUGCUUUGGACUGCAUGUGAAGAGGUUAAGCCAUUGAUGGGUGACCGGUGUAUGUAGAUUGUUGCUUUAUGAUCUAAAUUGCGACAGAGGAUAUGCUAUCCAGAAAGGCAAGCUUUCACCAUAUUUCUCUGUGCAAAGGCUACUCUCACAGUUUCUUUGUUUGGUGUUAGCUUUAGUCGUUACAGUGAUGCAUAGGAGGUUACAAAGCAUCAUUAUAGAGUGAUAGUUUGGACAACUCGGGAAGUAGCUUGUAUAAAGUUCUUGCAACCAGGCUAAGAACAUUAAGAAAGCGUAUGCCCAAGCUUUCUUUCCUUCAUUUCUAGCUCAUCUAUGUUGAUCUGUGUACUAUGAGUCAUGACUACAAGUGCAAGAUUUUUCAGCGACUGGCACGCGCAAGGGGCCCCUAUACGAUCUCACUCGUAAGCAUAAAGCAAGCGUGUUAAACAGAAGGGUGCAAGAGGGAUGUGCUGUUUGUUUGGGUAUCUUGGUUGUGUUUUAGGUCACAGUAAUGUUGACUCCUAAUAGGCAGACAUAAAGUCAUGUGCUUCGAUUAUGAUCGGAAAUAUAUUUUCAGAUUGUGUUUGUCAAACUUUAUAUUUUUAUUGGUGAAAUAUUUUUUUUUUAAAAAUUGUUAUUGAAGUGAAAGUGCAAUGAAAAAAAAAUGUCAGCUGCUACCUUACAGUCCUCACCUUCCUCUCCUUUUUCUGCUAAGCUCGUAUGAGUUAUGAACAAUAAUAAGUGAAUCUAAAUCAGUGUUGAA